UAACUUUAGGUGGCCGCAUGAAAUUUUUUUGAAAUUAAAUACAUAUUUUUGAAAUUUUUAUUGAAAAUCUACACAAUUAUUAUAAAAUAUGGAAAGAAUAAUUUUAGUUUUAUUCGUUUAUAUAAACUUAAUUUACGCAUAUGGAAUAGGUUUUGUGGGAGAAAUUUUACGCAAACCAAAGUUAGAUGGUAGAAUUGUAGGUGGAUAUAAAAUUAAUAUUACAGAUGCACCGUAUCAAAUAUCUUUACAAACUUCAUAUGGUCAUAUCUGUGGUGGAUCAAUUAUUAGUGAAAAGUGGAUACUUACAGCCGCCCAUUGUACAAGCGGUCAAUUGGCUGAUAGGAUGAAAAUACGUUUAGGUACAUCUACUUAUGCAAGUGGCGGUAAUGUUAUCAAAGUAAAAAAAAUAGUCCAACACGAAAAGUUUAACAUCAGUACCGUAGAUUAUGACUAUUCUUUAUUGGAAUUAGAAUCUAAUAUAGAAUUUGAUGAGAACAAGCGACCUAUUAAAUUACCUGAUUCAAAAGAAUUAGUAUUGGACGGUGACAUUUGUAGGGUUUCAGGUUGGGGUAAUACGCAAAAUGAAGUGGAAAAGCGUAAUUGGCUUCGUGAAGCCGAAGUGCCAGUUUUUAAUCAAGAACUUUGUUUUGAAAAAUAUAAAGACUAUGGGGGAGUAACAGAAAGAAUGUUAUGUGCUGGUUAUAUAGAAGGUGGAAAAGAUGCUUGUCAAGGAGAUUCCGGCGGCCCGUUGAAUCACAAUAAUGUUUUAGUAGGGGUGGUAUCUUGGGGUUAUGGAUGUGCAAAACCAGAUUAUCCUGGUGUUUAUUCACGUGUUUCUUAUGUAAGAGAAUGGAUUAAAGAAAAAACUAAUAUUUAAAUUUUGUUAACUUAAAUUUAGAAUUAAAUAAAAUAAAGACAAUGUAGACAGUCAAAAAUAUUAAAAGAAUUAAAACUAAAAUUAGUAUGCACAGAAAUAUGUCAAAUAGGGAUAAUAAAAAAUAAAUAAUACAA